AUGAUUCAAAUCAAGCAGCAGAGCGAGGGCGAGACGCCUUCGACGAAGCCUCUGGUCGCCUUCCUCGGCCCUCCGUCCUCCUUUACACACCAGGCAACCAAGUCAGCCUUCUCAGAAGAUGACCACACCCUCAACCCCGUGGCGACCAUCAAGGACGUCUUCGACGCAGUGGCAGCAGGGGCCGCAGACUACGGCGUCGUGCCCUUUGAGAACUCGACCCACGGCGUCGUCACCUUCACCCUGGGCCACCUGGCCGACCGCGGGGCCGCCUACGGGGACCUGAGCGUGUGCGGCGAGGUGUACAUCGACGUGCACCACUUCCUGCUGGGGCGGGCGAGGGGCCCAGCAGCGCCAGCGCAGGCGCAGGAGGGUGCCUCUUCUUCUUCUCCUCCUCAGCAGCAGAGGGGGAGGGGCCAGCCGCAGCACGACCUCUCGCACGUGAGGCGCGUCUACAGCCACCCGCAGGCCUUCGGGCAGACGCAGGCCUUCCUGUCGGCGCACCUGCCCCUCGCCGAGGCCAUCGACGUCAGCUCGACCAGCAAGGCCGCCGAGAUGGCCGGGCUGGACGCCUCGGGCGAGACGGCCGCCAUCUCCAACGAGAGCGCCGCCGCCGCGUUCGGGCUCGACGUGCUGGCGCGGUGCAUCGAGGACCGCGACGACAACACCACGCGGUUCUUUGUCCUGCGGCGGGGGAGGGGCGAUGCCAACGACGGUGCUGGUGCUGGUGGGAGAGAGGCAGGGGCAGGGGCACAGGAACCACCGGCGCGCGCGGGCGCGCACAAGAGCCUCGUCUCGUUCACGGUGCCGCACCGGAGCCCCGGCGCGCUGGCCGCCGUGCUGGAUGUGUUCAGGAAGGGCGGGCUGAACCUCACCAGCAUCAACAGCCUGCCCAGCCUGAUCCAGCCCUUCCAGUACCUCUUCCUGGUCGAGUUCGACGGGAGCAGGUACCACGACCCGGAGGGCAAGGUAGAGACGGCCUUGGCCGAGGUCGCCAAGGUGGCUGAGAGCUCGAGAUGGCUCGGUAGUUGGGAGAACCGACGGUAG